UUUGUCACUCCAGCUUUUUCUUUUUUUCAUGGAAGAUAACAUCAUUGGUUAGCUUAGCUGAAUAUAAUUGUUAAAGCUAAGCAUGAAAACAGGCCUGAGUUGAAUAGGAACAGACAGACCUUCACUAAACUCAGUGGGUCUCUUCUGUGAGUCCUGUUCUCACAGUGAAAAAGAAAACCCAGGAGUUAUCUACAUUUGAAUUUAACAGGUCCUCUGUUCUCAUAUCCCCACUGCUCAUAUACAAAUAAACAAAGCAAAACUCUGGAUGUUGACACACUGGAGUUUCAGGACAGAACACAUUGUGAGUGUACAUGUGUAAACAGAGCUCUGCACUUUGGAGUGAUGGUCCAGUGUGUGUUUGUUGUCAGGAUCCUAAAGCUGUUUGGAAUGGCACUAGUUUCUUUAUCUGUGUUAUAUUUGCUGCUUUUAGACUUUCAGCUGGGAUAUGGAGCUCCAGCCUUCGGCCCGGUUUUCCUGUCCAGUAAGACCGCUGACAGCGUUCUACGGAGACACAAACGCGCCAACACUGGUGUGUUUGAGGAGUGGCUGGAGGGGAACUUGGAGAGAGAGUGUAUAGAGGAAAAAUGUGACCUUGAAGAGGCCAGGGAGUUCUUUGAGGAUGACAAAAAGACAAUGGAGUUCUGGACAGGAUAUGUAGAUGGCAACCAGUGUGAGCCAGGCCCAUGUCUGAACCAGGGAACAUGCAAAGACCACCUCGGCUACUACACCUGCUCAUGUCCGCCCGGGUUCACCGGCUUGAACUGUGAAAUUGUUAUAGAGAAAAGGUGUGACGUGAACAAUGGAGAGUGCAUGCACUUCUGUAAUUCAGCGGGAACCUUCGGAGCAACAUGCUCCUGUGCGAGCGGAUACGUUCUGAUGGAGGAUGGAGUUGACUGUGAACCAGAAGUUGAAUUUCCAUGUGGCAGAACUGCUUUGACUGAGGUGAGUUCAGUAAUCACCAGGUCUCUGUUCGACCGCCGGAAUGCAAGCAUGCAGAACGACACUUCACUGACCUACAACACCACGACUGCUUUCCCUUCCUCGACUCCAGCCAGUACCUCUACACCUUUUCCUACCACAAAUGCCUCUUUCACAGACAUUUAUGACGAUGAGUCCAUUGAUGAGCCACGUCGGCCUUUUAAACGUAUUGUAGGCGGUCGGGUGGUAAAUCCAGGAGAGAUCCCAUGGCAGGCAGCCUUGAUAGGGCGUCGCAGUGGUCGGCUAUUCUGUGGGGGUACUAUUCUCAGCGAGCGGUGGGUCAUCACUGCUGCUCACUGCCUGGUGGAGGUACAAGGCUCGUUCUUUGUCAGAGUAGGGGAGCAUAAUGUCUACAUCCACGAGGGCACUGAGCAGGAUUAUGAGGUGUUGGAGCAGCACCUGCACCCACGCUACAACAGCAGCAUAAGCCUAUACAACCACGACAUCGCCCUGCUGUGCCUCCAAACCCCCAUCAACUUCUCCAGAACAGUCCGACCCAUCUGUAUAGGGCCCAUGGCUUUCACUGAGGCCCUGGUGAAGAGGUCUUCCCCAGCUACGGUCAGCGGCUGGGGCCGGACACGCUUUCUUGGCUUCACGGCGGACAAUCUGCAGCAGGUGGAUGUUCCCUUCACAGAUCGGACAGAGUGUAAGCGCAGCAGCAGCUCCAGGAUCACUCCCUACAUGUUCUGCGCAGGUUACUAUGAUGAGUUCAAAGAUGCCUGUCAGGGGGACAGUGGAGGUCCUCACACGAACAGUAUUGAUGACGACACCUGGUUCCUGACAGGCAUUGUGAGCUGGGGGGAUGAAUGUGCAAAGAAGGGGAAAUAUGGUGUGUACACGCGUGUGUCCCUUUAUUACAGCUGGAUAACCUAUGUCAUGGGAAAAACUAAGCACAGGCUGACAUUAGAUGUGGAAGAGCCUGGCCCGGAAAAUUAAAUAUACUGUAAUAUAUAACUAGUGAUGGCCAGAUAAAGCCCCACGAAGCCUUGAAGCUUUUGAUCCAAUUGGUUCAAAAAAAAAGGUUCAUUUCUGAGGCUUCAUGUGCUCACAAACCCCCUGCUGGUCAAAACCUUUGUCAUUUCAACUAUUUGUGAUGGCCUCUUGGCUGUCUUGCAAUAGUGUCACUGCCAAGAACAAUUUAAUUUAAUUUUGUGUGGUUCAUUCAUUCAUUCAGUCUGUUUUUGAUUCAUUUAUGGGUAAUGGUAAAAGUCAAAACGUGUCAGUAUGAUUUCAGUCAAUGUUUGAAUAAAUCCAAUAGGACAUGACAUGUUUAUGUUAAAACUGUUGCAGUGUUUUCUAAAGAUGAGUCAGUGAUUGUGCCUAUGAAUACUGGGGUGAUAAUGUUGAUUUUAUUCAUUUUUAUUAAACAAUCAUUUUGCCACUGUG